GUGUAUCGAUGGAGCGCAGGGACCGCAGUGGCUCCGUGAACAGCGGAGGUUCUCGGGACCGGUUGCGUCCAUCUCCGGCUUCAGCUGGUAUUGAUGUCAGCCGAUCGCAUUUUUAUUUUUUACCUUCACAAAUCGCGCUUUCCGUUAAAACGGGCAUGAAUGUUUGAGGAGGAGAAAAAAAACCAAAGUAUUAUUUUAACCUAAACGAGACAAAUGGAGAAAUCUGAGUCGGGUGUCGCUCACCGAUAGUUGCGUGAACGGUGUCAGCCACGUCCAGGAAACAAAAUCCUAUCCGAUUUGACGCAUUUUUAAGUUUUUGGCCGCGAAUUUCGCGCAUUGAUGACCCGUAUUUUGGAUUAUGGUGUCAUAUUUAAAGCGUCGCGUGAAUUCGGGUGGUCUUUUAGAUGCGGGUGGUGCCGAUUUGUGUCUUUAACGUGUUGACUGUGUUCACUGUGAGGCUGUUAUGUGUGUCGUGGUUUAUUCUGUAACAUCCGAAGCAGCUGACCAGGAUCCCUCCCACGCUGGGCGGCUUUCUCCCGGCGGUCAUCGCAAAACACACAGCUCCCCCAAAAAUCCCUAAAACAACCACGGUAACUUCAUCUAAUGAUUCACGAGCGUUUUUAUUUUCCUGUCCACAAAGACCAGGUGAAACGAGUUCAUCUCGGCUGCUUUCUGGGUUUUGGCCGCUAGAUGGCAGUAGGAGCCCAUAGUUCCUGCGGGAUUAACGGGGAGUUGAGCUGCAAUCUGCAUUAUUCUGCAAAACAUAACAACCGCAAAUGCAAACCAUGAGAUGGCAUUCAAAGGCAAAGCGGUCGAUUCAAAGACCGUUCUGCUCAACCUGCUGCUGUGUCUCCUCAUCUUUUACUCUCUUUUCUACAUGAUUGGGAGCGUUUGCUUCGGUGCCUUCAGGUUGGAUCACUUUGACGGACUGAUUCCAUUUGAUUUCAAGACUGAACCUGCCGAGUCCAACUCCAAAUACCUGGUCAACCUCGUCUCCUUGGAGCUCACCUGCUUUUGUAGUGGCAUCCUGUUUGCUGCAGUAGUGAGGAGGCGGGUUUGGGACUAUGCUCUCACUGUCACACUUCUCCAUGUAAUGAUCACCAGCCUGGUGAUGUUGGAGUUCCCUGUGGUGUGGCAGUGGUGGCUGGCUCUAGGUAGCGGCUUGUUUCUGAUGAUGUGCAACGGUCAGCUGAUUGCAUACUUCACAUGCCAAAGUGAGUAGAGCAACGCCACCUUCAGCUACUACUGGCACGUUUAUAUAAUCUGAUUAUAGAUUAUUCUUGUGUAGAGGUGGACAAGAAUCUGACACUUUUCAGAUGGGUCAGAGCUGGGUGCAGUUUGUGUUAUGUUGCCAAAACUGACAUCUUGUUAUGUUUGUGCAUUUACCAGUCCGUGCAGCUGGUGUGGUACUGUCACAGCCACGGUACGAUGUGAUUCAAGAAUGAGACUUGUGCAAUCAAAGGACAUAAUAUUAAAGACAUAUUAUGCAAAACUCAUCUUUUGUGCUGCCAUGUGGAUCUCUACUGCCUUUAAAAACACUCCAAAUGUGAAUAAAACCUCCAUCUAUUUUC